AAUCGCAGCUACCUAGAUACACCUGUAUAACAAGCCAAAGCCUCAAUGUGGUACAAAUAAUAUCCUAAUUUCCCUCAAGUUUAAGUUGGUAAUAGUGUCACCAAAAAAUCAUCUUAGAAAAUAAAGAACCUAUACGUUAUGGAUAAAGAUCUCAGCUAGGAUGGGUGUGGCUGAAAAGAUUUUGAUCUUAACCCUCACUGGAGUUUAGGAUAUUUUUCUUGUUUAGAAAUUCAUACUUGAUGAUACAGAUUGUCUCUUUUGAUUUCUGCUUUUUUAGACAACUGAAAGAUGCUGAAACGUGUGCUUAUCGUUUUUGCUCAUGAAGAGCCAAAAUCUUUGAAUGCAACUUUGAAGAAUUAUGCAGUCAAGGUCUUUAAGGACAAGGGCUAUGAAAUUAAAGAAUCCGAUCUUUAUGCCCAAAAGUUUGAUCCCGUUAUAAGAAGGAAAGAUGUAAUUGACUCUUCAUCCAACAAGGAUCAUAUUCAAUAUAGCCAUGCAAGUGCAAAUGCCUAUGCUGCUAAAACAUUGCCUCCUUAUAUUCAAGAAGAACUUAAUAAGGUCUCUUGGGCUGACUUCAUUUAUUUUCAGUUUCCCUUAUAUUGGUACGCAAUGCCUGCAAUAUUGAAAGGAUGGUUUGAAAAGGUAUUGAUCAGUGGUUUUGCUUAUGAUCAAAGACAAGGAAAACUUUUGGAUAAUGGUUUACUCAAGGGUAAACGCACAAUGCUGUCAUUUACCACAGGGUCUUCUGAACCGAUGUUUGCACCAAAUGGAUUCAAUGGAGAUAUCAAUGUAGCUCUGUGGCCAACACAAUAUAGUCUUUACUUUUGUGGCCUGGAUGUCUUAAAGCCCUUCAUGGUCAAUGGUGCUCAUUCUAUGAAUGAAGAGAAACUGGCUGGGAUCAAGAAAGCAUUGCAGGAAAAGCUGUCUAAAAUACAAGAGGAGAAACCAAUGGAAUUCAUAUCUAUGAUGGAAUUCUCUUUCCCUCCUGGUCAACUGUCAGAAAGUUAUAUGAAGAAAAUGUCUGCAGUGGACACUGCACCCACUAUUGGCCAUCAUCUUGGCAAGAAGUUUCCAUGCUUAAAAUGAUUGAACAAACUUACUUAUAUGGCAAAUGAAUAAACAAAUGAAAUAUUA